AUGGCAGCUGAGGAUCCUGCCGUGUUCACCUCCAGCACCCUGCCCUCUGACCCCCGGCUCCUGCCAACAGUGACCAAUGCCUAUUUGGGUACCCGUGUCUACAGGGACAUCCUCCAUGCCAAUGGGGUAUAUAACGGAGCAGUUGGGGACACGCAUCGUGCGGAUAUCCCCAGUCCUGUCAAUGUCCGAAUGAGUGUGUCAGCCGAGGACAGCCUGAGCGAGACUUUCUCCCUGGACACAAGAAAGGGAACCUAUAUCCACACGAUCCAGUCCUCUCGUUAUACAGCCACACACAGGAUCUAUGCCCAUCGCUCCCUUGUCCACCUUCUGGCCUUCAGCAUAACCAUCCAGAAGUCAGCUCUUCAAACUGAGCCUGUCACUGUGAACCUCCAAACCCAGUUCAUACCAAAGAGUCCAGACAUGGACUUGCAUAGAGGGGCAGAUUUCCAGGGAGCUCACUAUCUCUAUGGAAAGACCUUGAUCCCAGAAGUAGAGGGUGGUCCCCAGCCUACCGUUCAUCUGAUCUGGACCCCAGUGCCACAGUCGGUGACCCUGUCUGGGGAUGAGACCGAAAAGAGCUGGGAGUUCCUCACAGCCCUAGCAGAGAGUGAAGAGGACGUGAAAAAGUACUUUUAUGAAGGAAAGUCACUGAUCGGUUCUGGUUCCUUGUAUGCGUAUCACACCCAGGCAUGGGCAGAGACCUGGGAAGGAUGCUGUGUCAAGGUUGAUGGGCCUCUUUCAUUGAGUCAGGCCAUUUAUGGGUGCCUCUAUUAUCUGCUCAGUGCAUGUCCUCCCCCGGGUUCGUAUGACUUUCAGUUUUCCGGAAUCAGCCCUGGAGGCCUAUCGAAUGGCACAGAGAAUGAAGAUUACUGGGGUCAUGUCUUCUGGGAUCAGGAUAUCUGGAUGUACCCAAACAUCUUGCUUUUCUACCCGGACAUAGCUUGUGCUAUCCUAAAAUACAGGAUCCAAACACUAGGGGGAGCCCUGCACAAUGCACGGGAGCAAGGAUACAAGGGUGGAAAAUUCCCUUGGGAGAGCGCAGCAACAGGCCAGGAGGUCUGUCCUGAAAAAGUUUACGGUGACCAGGAAAUCCACAUCAAUGGGGAUGUUGUGCUGGCAUUUGAGCAGUAUCACCACAUCACACAGGAUCUGAAGCUGUUCCAGGAAGGAGGAGGCUGGGAUGUGGUGCAUGCCGUUGCUCAGUACUGGUGCAGCCGAGUGAAAUGGAACCCAGAAGAGCAGAGCUACCAUAUUAAUGGUGUGAUGCCCCCAGAUGAAUAUCACCGUGAUGUAGAUAACUCUGUUUAUACCAACGCCAUUGCCCAGAGGAGCUUGAAUUUUGCCAUUGAUUUGGGCUCCCAGUUGUGCAUUCCCACCCCUGAAGAGUGGAAGGAGGUUCAGAAGAAAAUCAAGGUACCAUUUGAUAAAAACCGAAGGUUCCACCCAGAGUAUGAUGGUUACUGUCCAGGUGAACAGGUGAAACAAGCGGAUGUUGUCUUGCUUGGAUUCCCUCUCCUUUAUCCCAUGGAUUCUGAAGUGAGAAGGAAUGACCUGGAUAUGUAUGAACCCGUGACUGACCCUUCAGGGCCAGCCAUGACCUGGAGCAUGUUUGCUGUUGGUUGGCUGGAGCUGAAGGAGCCUGAAAGAGCACAGCAACAGCUGAGCAAAUGUUUCAGCAACAUCACCGAACCAUUCAAGAUAUGGGUGGAGAACUCUGAUGGAUCAGGAGCGGUCAACUUCCUGACAGGGAUGGGUGGAUUUCUCCAAGCCAUCCUUUUUGGAUACACUGGGUUCAGGAUCACCAAAAACUGUCUCAACUUUGACCCUGUUUGCCCUGAUGACACAAAAAAGCUGGAGAUCGCUGGAGUGUGUUACCUGGGAAGCAAACUGAGUUUCACUUUCACCAAAGAAAAUGUCACCAUCAAAGUGACUAGAUCCUCCUCCGAGCCACAGUCCUCCUGUCUAGAGGCUGUGCUAGCAGCAACACAGCAGCACUUCCCCUUACAAGAAGGACAGAGUGUUACCUUCCCUACAGCUGGUGGCUGGAUCCAGAAAGCAUCUGUUGAAAUAUUAUAAGCCCAACAUAUUUUACUUUCAUUACGAGUGUGAAAAACACCCAGCAACAGAAG